UGUAAACAGUAAUUUGUACAAAUAAUUUAGAAUAAAUAAUAAAUUUAAAGUUUUGCAUGUGCGUGUGGGCAGGUAGAGGGGGCUUAUUUGGCAUUGAGCAGUCUGAUGGCCACAGGGAAGUAGCUGUCUCUAAACCUGGUUGUUCUAAAGCGGAUGCUGCAGAGCCUUCUCCCCGAUGGAAGAAACCAUUGAACCUCAGGCAUUAUUACUCACAAAUGUAGCUCAAGCUUGUUUAGUUGAGAAGCAGCCUGAUACUCACUUAUCACAUUGUAAAUAAUAGCAAAUUUACAGUAGAGGAUGUUUUGUCCUUUAGUACAGCAAGUUGUGCAAAAAGUACAGAAACACAGAACAUUUAUUAAUAAAUACUUCAGAGAAGGCCAAAUUAGAAUGCAUAAAAGAACAUUUUCAUACGACUGUAUAUACCAGGGGUGGGCAAACUACGGCCCGGGGGCCACAUGUGGCCCACCAAGAAUUUGAAUCCGGCCCGCUAGUUGCUUUCUAAGCAUUUCAACUCUUAAUAUACAAACUGGCAACAUGACUUGCAAGUCGGAUGUCUUACUUAGUAAAAACAAAAAAAAAACGUUUUUAUACGACUGUAUAUACCAGGGGUGGGCAAACUAAGGCCCAGGGGCCACAUGUGGCCCACCAAGCAUUUGAAUCCGGCCCGCUAGUUGCUUUCUAAGUAUUUCAACUUUUAACAUACAAACUGGCAACGUGACGGAUAUCUGUCUUAGUAAAAAAAAAGUUUUCAUACGACUGUAUAUACCAGGGAUGGGCAAACUACGGCCCGGGGGCCACAUGUGGCCCACAAAGCAUUUGAAUCCGGCCCGCUAGUUGCUUUCUAAGUAUUUCAACUUUUGACAUACAAACUGGCAACAUGACUUGCAAGUCGGACGUCUUAUUUAGUAAAAAAAACAAAAAAAAAACUAAAAUGAAAUUACAUAGUUUGGUGAUAAAAUUAGACUAAUAAUUCAAGGAAAAUUAUAAGCAUGAAAUAAUGUGUGUGUUAAAUAUAUGUCCCCCCCCCCCCGACAAUCUUGUUAACUCAAUGCGGCCUACAAGUCAAAAUAUUUGCCCACCCCUGGUGUAUACUAUAAUAUUUGGAAAUGUCAUUGUUUAUCAAUAGGGGGCGACCUUUAGUAAAUUUCUGAAAAAUUUGACUACUAUGAGCAUUUAUUUUAUUCUCCAAUUUACCUCGUGCAUAAAUACGUACAAUAUUUGGUUCAGAUAUAUAUUUUUUAUAGUUACCUACGGGAAUUACACUAAGUUAUCAAUAUCCCGCCAAAAGCAAGUGAUUUCAAAUAGGACAUUUGAAGGCAACACAAGGAAAGACAUUCUCGUGUGUACAGUUGCUGUUCCUGGAUCAGCUUCUUCUUACAGGACAGGUGGGCUGACCCACAGACCCCGGAUCAGCUGCCAGCAGCCCCACCGACCCCCAGACGUCACUUUGUUGAAUCAAGACGGCUGUUGAAUCAAGACGAUGUGGAUGAGUAAAAGUCUCUAAAAAUGAACGACCACUUGUAAGAAGAAGAAGAAGAAGCUAAAUGGGAAUAAAACAUUAUCUUGACGAAUGAAACUACACUUUUCAACCUUUGCUGCCAGUUCUACACCGUGGGCAAUUGUAUAUGAUGAAGUUUAAGCCCAACCAGACCAGGACGUACGACGUCGAAGGCUACAAAAGACGAGCGGCGUGUUUGUGUUUUAAAAAUGAGAUGGAAGAGGAAGUGCUACUGGUGAGCAGCAGCCGACAUCCAGACCAAUGGAUUGUUCCGGGGGGAGGAAUGGAGCCUGAAGAGGAGCCCUGUGGAGCAGCUGUCAGAGAGGUCUAUGAGGAGGCCGGCGUGAAGGGAAAGCUUGGUAGACUACUUGGGAUUUUUGAGCACAACCAGGACAGAAAGCACAGGACGUAUGUUUAUAUCCUCAUAGUGACUGAGAUACUGGAAGACUGGGAGGAUGCUGUUAACAUAGGAAGGAAACGUAAAUGGUUCAAGGUGGACGACGCCAUCCGGGUGCUACAGAACCACAGACCUGUCCAUGCAGAAUACCUACACAGAUUCAAGAACACCCGUAAUCCCACCAGUCCAGGGUGUCACCAAAGUAACGGCAACACAUUGGACCCCCAAGUGACGGACAACAACACCCCUCACUAUGCUGUCUGUGCCAAACAAGCCUCAGAUCUCGUCUACCGAUAGAGAACUCUUGUUGGAAAGACUCCAAGAUGGACUCAUCAGUUAACUAUAUUACUUGUAAAUACUCUGUGGAGUACAAACUACUGCGACACCCAUUUGAAGUGGGCUUGGAGAGUGCCAAAAAUGGUUUUCCGGGAUUAGUUGAUGUUAAUUUUUUAUAGUAACCAUUACCAGAUGGCAGAGCAAAUGUGUCCCUUUUAGAGUGCAUUUUUAUUAUUUCGUGAUGAGUAAUAUUUGAUUAGUGCCUCAGUGACAAAUCAAGAUGUUUUGAAGGAGUACAUGAAUGAAUACUGUAUGUACCUCAAGUGUUAAGGGCAUGGUUUCAUUCAUUUUCAGUACAAUCACAACAAAAUGCUAAACUGGUUAGCUUUUUGUGUUUGUUUGUCUUCCGACUUUUCCCAUUGAGGGUCGCCACAGCAAUUCCAUCAUGAUUGAAUUGGCUUUAUUUUUGUGCUGGAAACUCCCGUUUUUCCCGUUUUUUGGCUCUCGUCAAGAAUCAAACCUGUGUCGUCUACACAAAGGGUAGCAGCCUGUACCACUACACCACAAAAGGAAAGUUAGCAGAAUUAUACCAACAAUGCCACCUUGGGAAUUGCACCCAAGGAAAUAUUAAGUCUAAGGAAAAAUGCAUGUGUGACGUGUGUACGAAAGUAAUAAAAUCAAAACAAAUCAAAUAUAAUCUAAUAAGAAAAUACCUAACCGGGAAAACCGACAACGUGACCUUGCAUGUUAAGACUGCAGCACCCAAACACUCCAAGCCGUCCAGCUGUCACUGUUGCACAGUUACUGGAAUUGAACGUUCACCUGCCUGUUUAUGAUGGGGGAUUAAUGGAUGGACUACAAGGGGGCAACGAGCAGAAAGGGCCCAUCUGUGAGUCUUCCUGUUGCUGACAUGAUAAACGAACACAUUGCCUGCUGUUCUCGCUGUCAACGACAACCCUAGAGCGCUACUCUAACUAAACUAGUUUGAUGAUGUAGACCAGGGGUCUCAAACACGCGGCCCGUGGGCCAAAUGUGGUCCGCAGGACACUAGUUUGAGGCCCCCGCCUUGAUAUGAAAGUUUAAUGUUAGUGCGGCCCGCGCAAGUUUGAUAUGGAUGCCGUAUGGUAUCAUGUACCCAGAAAAAAUUAUUACGUUUGAUUAAUGUUCAUGUUAAAGGUUAAAUAACUGUUAAUAGUUAUCCUCCCUAUCCGUGUGGAAGUGGUAAGUUUUUGGCUAUUUAAGUUGAAAGGAAAUAACUUGAAGGCUACCGUUUAGGUCGCUAGCUCUCUAGUUUGCGAGUUAGCAUGUGUCUCAAGACCCUGCAGUUGCGCAAUAUGUUGUAAAUAAAAAGAGUAUAAA